AAUGUACCGUAAUGUAAUAGGAUGUAAAAACUCUUCAAUCUAAAUCUAUUUGAUACAAGACGUAUGUAUUCGUGGUGUUGGUAUAAUAGAAACGACGCCAUUAGCUGAGGUGUGCAUCGAAAACGGAACAGGAACCAACUGCAUUUGAUCUCAGAUACCGUGUAUUAGAUCUUAAACCUUAUUCUUUACCAUGUUACGAUACCUCUACACUUAAAAUAGGAAAGGCGGACCUGUGCGCUAUGUAAGAAGUCACUAUUAUUAUUAACAAGUUUCUAUAAAUGUGAGUAUGGCGGAUGCUGGUAACACUGCAGUUCCAUCAUCUUCUACGACUCCUUCAGGAACUGUGGCUGAUGAUGUCGGUGAUUCGAUUGAACCCCCAGCCGUCCAAACGAAUGUCGCUGGCACGCUCACCGACAUCGAAAGCAUGAUCGAUGGAGGAGCGACGACGGCCGACGGCACGGUCAUCCCCAAAGAAGUCAUCCGGAACACGGCCUGUAUCAUAUUCGGCGACUUCGCGGCGACGUUCAUCGCGUAUACUGUCGUCACUAACAUCGGCAUUUUCGGGAAGGACUUCCUCCACCUCGACCUGCGCGACGUCGAGGAGUGGAACCUGAUUGUCGUCGGGAUCGAUGCCGUGUUCUUCCUGCUUGCGGGAUGCUUUACCGAUUGGUAUGGAGGCUCAUAUGCAGCGAUGCAUAUAUACGGCAUCGUUUGCUUUCUAGGAUCCUGUAUUCUGCCUCUACUCACCUUCAAUUGGUCUGUCUUUGGUCCUGCCUACGGGAUACCAGUCCAAGGUCGCCGAGUUCUGUUUUACCUUGCCCGAAUAACCAUAGGGUUAGGUUUCUCAGGUAUUUAUGUGACGGCUCCCCCUUUUGCAGCGAGACAGCUAGAGGCUUACGGGAAGGCAUCCGUUCAGAGCUGUUUUCAUUAUAUAUACACCGUGGUUCAGUUUGCUCCUCUGAUUGUCCUCACGAGUAUAUCCUUCAUACAACUGAACGUAUCCUUCUUCGUUGGGUACCUCGUCAUCUUGACUGUCAAUGUCCUCACCAUGGUAUUCUUCAAGUAUGCCAGAAGCAUAUUCAUACAGGGCAUCCCUGAUAAGGGCAAGAAGACCGCCUUGGUCCUGAAAACAGCGGCCCAAGCUGUUAAAACAAAAGUCACAACGAGAACAUCUUGCUGUAGUUCCAACUGCUGUCCCAACCUCUGGUCCUCGAUCCAAACGACAGAUGACGAAAGUGUAGAGCUCCUGAGGAAGGGCGCCCUCACGGACUCCUUGCCGACUGCGGAUGCUGCUGAAGCGGAGGACACGCAUGCAACAACAGUCGAUCCCUUGGGAAGUACAGCGGUUGACAUAUCUCGCACCAAUGGAUCAUCACCAACUCCAGCAGUAUAUGGUACCUUGGAACUGGAUAUAGCAGGAGUUACAGGGCAUCAUCCUGAAACGGUUCGACGAGCACUCUGGGUCUGCUACGCAAUAGUUUUACUCUCCUGUGAAUUCCCCUAUAGCAUUGUGAGAUAUCAGGUGUCCACUUCCUUCGUAAGUCAGGCGGAGCGCAUGAAGCCAACGAUCCUAGGGCAGGUGGUGGAUUCGUCUCUCCUUCAGCGCUACUUACCGGUGUUAGGCAUCACACUGGCUCCCCUCGUGAACGUUUACAUCUAUCCCUACAUCAGUAAACGAUUCGUCACCCUAACUAUGCCCUUCCGAACAAUAAUUGGUCUCGUCUUCGCCACCCUUUCUGUCCUGUCGGCGGCCAUCGUGGAAACAGCCCGGCUGACAUUCAUCGACCGAGGGAACUUUACCCUUGAGGACGUCAACGGUCAGACGUUGGAGCUUUCGGACCUAUCACUCGACGCCCUCAUCCCUCAGUACUUUUUCAUGGGUGUGGCCGAUGUUUUCAUCUUCAUCACCGGUCUUGAAUUCGCUUUCACUCAGUCUCCUUGCUCGAUGCAGACUGUCGUCACAGGUAUCUUCUUGUUCUUCGAGGCCACUGGUCGAAUAGCUGCUACAUUACUUGUACCACUUAUUAACACCAUCACAGCAGCUGAUCCAUGGUAUCCUCCAGAAAUCAACCAUGGACAUCUGAAUUUAUACUUCCUUGUCUUGACCGGUAUAAGCCUGACCAAUCUCAUUAUUUUCUGUCUGUUUGAGAAAGGGUAUGAGAUCGUCGACGAGCAACUAUGUCCGGACGACGUACAUACGGUUGGCGAAUCGACAGGGACGACGACGACGUCGAAAACAACACCUUCUGGAACACUAUCUGCAAAUACCAAUCAAUCUCAGACAUCUACUCCAUUAUCGACGUAACAACUGGGGUGCGGGGGAAUUUUAAGUUACAAAUAGGCAAUCAUUUUCACCGCCGCGUCUGAGUUUUAACUCCAUUGUGGAGUAUGUUGACCUGUCAUUAAACAACUUACGUUUAAUACUGGGCGGGAAGCGACGCGGGCUGGAACGUUCCCGAGAAGGCCUAAUAACACGAUAUGAUUCCAUUGAACAAAACUAACCAAACAAAUCGAUUGCCCAUCCACCGGAUGUCAGAUAGAAAAUUGUGCAUUCAUCUACUACUACUACUACUACUACUACUACUACUACUACUACUACUACUACUACUACUACUACUAGUGCUACUACCACUACCACUGCGUUGCCAUAGUUCUCAAAGAACCAUCGGCAUUCUCUUGUAUGCAUUUUCUCUCUAUCCAAUACCUGAUAUCAAACUGUUAAGAAUGACUUUAAGAACGACCGGUGAACUUUAAUAACAAUGAUAAUAAUAACAAUGAUAAUGAUAAUAAUAAUAAUGAUAAUAAUAAUAAUAAUAAUUAUAAUUAUAAUAUUAAUAAUAGCUUGCUUUUAUAUAGCGCUUUUCCUAUAGACUGCUCAAAGGGCUUUCCAGCAUAUCAUUACCCCCGUCAUUGGAUUCAUGUCAAUCCCGCACAAUAACUUCGCAUCCUAUCGGGUACCCAAUUAACACCUGGGUGGAGAGUGGCAAAUGCAGAUCAACGUCUUGACAAAAGAAGCUAGCGCCAAGUGGAACAUUUUAUGGUGAAUAUCAUUUACCUCAAGCAAGGAUCACCAGUCGUUCUUAGUGUCAUUACAAGAACAGUUUAAUGAAACGAUUCGGUGUAAAAAUGACAAAUGUAAAAAUGGCAGAGGUAAUAAUAGCAGAGGUAAUAAUUACCUCUGCCAUUUGUACCUCUGCCAUUUUCACCUCUGCCAUUUUCACCUCUGCCAUUUUUACCUCUGCCAUUUUCACCUCUGCCAUUUUUACCUCAGCCAUUUUUACCUGGCACCUUAUGAAACGGCCCGUCGUCCUAUAGCCUUCCUUUCACUUCGCCAUCCACCGCCAUUUGGACUAAAAUAUUCUGGUGGUAUCACAGGCCUAAUUCAUUCCCCAUAGACUCGUGUGUUAAAUUGGCACUUUAAAAAAUUCAUAAAAAAUAAGGAUGAAAUUCGGGGGUCGAAUGUUUACUACCAGUGGAUAGGAUAUAUGUCUGGCAAUCCAUAUCUGACCAGAAAAGGGUCCCUCGACCGGCUCAUUUUAAAAAUAAAUUGGCGUGUUUGAAGACACCGUCGGGGGGAGCAGAUUCAUCACCUCAAACAGCAAAAUAGCCCUAAUCCUUCCGCCAGUCAGAAUAUAGUCCAGAAUUGGUGAUAUUUCUUCCCAAUUUGGGAAAAGGAAGUUCAGUAAUUACCAAAAACAGAAUCAGUGUUAGAUGGACAAUCAUAUGCAUACACUUUGUCAAUCAGCCAUAUCAAAAUAAAAAAAAUAGCAAUGGGUUGGCUCGAAUGAAUAUCUAUGGCCUGCCUCUAGUGAUUAGGCCCGUGAAGCCUGUAUUGUAUGGCACAUGAAGGUUUCUUUUUAAUUUACCUUCCUGGCUUUUCUUUAACAUCUGUACACUCACUUUAUCACAAAGAAAUGCAUGAAAUAUACAGAUGUGUUAUGUAAUGACCAAUUUUAAUGUUACUCCUAAUGUCUAGUGCCCUAUGGAUUUACACACAUCAUACCUGCCUAUAUGUAGCUCAACAAUGGAUGCAACUUAGGGCCCAGAUCCUAUAAUGCAAAUUGUAGAUAUGAAUAGUGUGCAUAUCUGGAUUCAAGAUCUGCCCAAAAUAUAAAUACCAGAUUCACAUGAGUUAAAUUAGAUAACAAUAAAAAGAAAUGAGAAUCAACAUACAAGCAUACUAUACAUUCACAUCUUCCUAUGACAAGGGCCCAAGCCAAGGGAUGUAAGAGAGAGAGACAGGGAGAGAGGGGGGUUAGAUGGCUUGUAUUCUAAAUGGAUGGGGGCUAGUCUGGCUAGAAGUCAGUAAAAGUUGAACAAGAUAGCAGUAGCACUC